AUGCCUCCCUCAAGUGCGCCAGUGACGGCAGCUGGUGCCCAGGCGGCCGCCAUCACACCAGUCGCCGUCCUGGAUCAGCCUUCUAAGAAGGCAUCGUCGGCUCAUGACUACAAAGGGUUCGUUGCUGGAGUCUUCAGCGGCGUUGCAAAGUUGACAGUUGGUCAUCCCUUUGAUACGGUAAAGGUGCGUAUGCAGACCACAGACGCCACCAGAUUCCGCGGGCCGCUCCAAUGCGCCAUGCAGACCAUCAGCCAGGAAGGGUUCCGCGGCCUGUACAAGGGAGCCACGCCGCCGCUGCUGGGCUGGAUGUUCAUGGACUCGAUCCUGAUGGGCUCGCUCAACGUGUACCGCCGCCUCAUCGCCACCCACGUCUUCCACGUGGACAAGCCCUCGCUGCCCGCGGCGGGCCACGGCAUGGCGGGCAUGUGCGCGGGGGCCACCGUGAGCUUCAUCGCGGCGCCCGUCGAGCACAUCAAGGCCCGCCUCCAGAUCCAGUACGCCGCAAGGAAGUCCGACCGGCUGUACUCGGGUCCCAUCGACUGCCUCACCAAGAUCUACCGCCACCACGGUGUGCGGGGAGUCUUCCACGGCCUGUCGGCGACGCUCAUCUUCCGGUCCUUCUUCUUCUGCUGGUGGAGCAGCUACGACAUCUUCUCGCGCUGGAUGCGGGACCACACGAGCAUGAGCACUCCCGCCAUCAACUUCUGGGCUGGGGGUUUGAGCGCGCAGGUCUUCUGGCUCACUAGCUACCCGAGCGACCUGGUGAAGCAGCGCAUCAUGACCGACCCGCUCGGCAAGGGGCUGGGCGACGGCGAGCGCAGGUUCUACAGGUGGACGGAUGCGGCCAAGACCGUGUACAGAGAGUCUGGGCUCAAGGGCUACUGGAGGGGGUUCCUGCCUUGCUUCCUGCGGGCCUUCCCGGCUAACGCAAUGGCAUUGCUGGUGUGGGAGGGUGUGAUGAGGACUCUUUAG